GUGACCCAUUUAGGUAAUCGCUGGGAUUACGUAGCCGCUUGUGCCACAGUGACUUGGUCACGUCCCUGCUUUCUGAAUGCUGCAGUAACGUUACUUUGUCACCCUGCUCGCUUUGUAAAGUCUUUAUUUCCCACAUCUGCCGCUGUGGAGGACGCGCUGCUCGCUCUACAGGUUGGUCCACUACAACAUCACCUACAAACUGACCCAGUCUGGACUUUGAUCAGUAUUGUUGACUGAGCAGCCAGGAUCCGCCCGAGCUUUGAGGUCAGAGGUCAAAGAGCCAUGGGAACCAGGAGGGUGCUGGUGACUGGGUGCUCCUCUGGCAUCGGCUUGGCUGUGGCUGCACGGCUCGCCAAGGAUGAGCUCAGACGGUUCAAAGUGGUCGCCACAAUGAGGGAUCUUGGGAAACGAGGGGCCUUGGAGAAAGCAGCAGGUGACAACUUAAACAAAACCUUGGAGAUCAAACAGUUGGAUGCCUGCUGUGAAGCUUCCAUCAGAGAGUGUGUCAACAGCCUGCCGGAGAGACGGGUGGAUGUUCUUGUGAACAAUGCCGGUGUUGGCAUGAUCGGACCACUGGAGUGCCAAAGUAUCGACGCCAUGAAGGAGCUCUUUGACACAAACUUCUUUGGCCUGGCACGGCUGGUGAAGGAGUUGCUGCCUGACAUGAAGCGGCGGCAGAGCGGCCAUAUUGUGGUGAUGAGCAGCGUCAUGGGAAUACAGGGGCUUCUGUUCAAUGACGUCUACUCCGCCUCCAAAUUUGCUGUGGAAGGAUUUUGUGAAAGUCUGGCGGUGCAAGCAAUGAAGUUUAACAUCAAGACGACUCUAGUGGAACCCGGCCCUGUGGUGACAGAGUUUGAAAGGAAACUGUACGAGGAUGCUGAGAAGAUGGAUCUAUCGGGGACUGACGAGGAGACGGCCAAAAUCUUCCGUGAACUUUACCUGCCAUACUCCGAAAAGGUCUUCGCCUCAUUAGGCCAGACACCAGAGGAAGUGGCUGAGCAAACUGUUAAAGUGAUCACAGCCAAGGAGCCUCCUCUACGCCACCAGACCAACCGCCUAUACAUGCCCAUGACUGCACUGAAGCACGCAGAUCCGACUGGCCGACUGCCUCUGGACACCUUCUAUAAGAUGAUCUUUAAACAUGACAGUGUGUUGAACGCAACUCUCAAGGUGCUGCGCGUGCUGCAGAGGAGGGCAGGGAAGAAGUAAGGAUUGCACUGAGUAUAAAUGUUAUUUAUAAGGAGACAGUGACUGACUGUGGUAGAUUCACACAGUCUGUUUUUUUAAGUGUAGUAUCCCACUCUAAGGAGAGUUUUCUUCUGAGCAGCAAUGAACACGGCACAAACCAUAGGAUGUUGUCUUGUACAAUAACUGCAAAUAAUGUUAAAGGUCCAGUGUGUAGGAUUUAGGGGGAUAUAUUGGCAGAACUUGAAAAUUCGGCUCCCAGUGAAACCUUCCAUGUAGUGAACCCCAGGCCAGACAAUGGUGAAGCGUACCAGAAAUCAUAAAUGACACUGAAGGAACAAUAACCGUAAGUUCACACAUGGCUCAUGGGAGAAAUUUCAGCUGGUUGCAGUCUGCAGUCCUCACUGCUAGAUGCCACUAAACCUACACACUGCACCUUUAAUUCUUCACGUACUGUAAAUAUGCAGGUAAUAUUUAUAGGUCUUCUUUCUUGCUGUGCAGAUCUUUUUUAUUUCUUUGUAACAUUUGUACAGGUAAAUACUGUAUAAUAAUGUCAAACUGAAAUGUAAAAAUAUAAGCACUCUUCCAUUUUCACUUUUUAUUUAGGUCAUUUAUAUGUUUUAUGUGUUGCAGUGAUUCUAACAAGGAUAUAGUGUAAUCAAAACUAGUAAAGUUAGGAAUAUUAUAAUUUAUCUGAUUGGCAGAAAGACAAAUAAAUGUUAGUAAUAAAUGAAUAAUAUAUUAUUUAAUAAAAUAUACAAGCCAUGGUUUUUGUGUUAUUAUAAUGGAUCUAGGGUACUGAGCCAGACACUCUGACACACAAGUUCGCAACCUUUUUCCUUUGGGGACCUCUGUUAUAUUAUUGAGUAAACUGAUGACCCCUGACUAAGUGACAUAUUUUAUAGAUAUUUCAUUAUAUAUUGAAU